UAACCGGCGGUCGUCCGACGGGGGGGACUUGAAUUAUGAAUUAAUUAUGAUUUGAAGGUAUGUCAGCGGCUGUCACUUGUCCGAGGUGACAAACUUAAUGCCGAUUUGAGGAAUAUGUCAAGCAUGUAUUUAAGGUUAUUCGUACGAAGAGCGGUAAAUACGCGAUUCUAUCUCGACGGAGUGGAGGACAGAUGCGAUAUGGAACGAAGCGGCCCGCCAAUACCUGUCGUAUUAUUCGAUAGAUUAGGCUCGUCGACAUCAUGUGGUAAUCAUUCCGGAAAUUGUGUAUAUCAGAAAUCGUUGAUAAUUAAGUUUUCCAUGCUCUGUCAUCCGGGGCUGUUAAUCAGUUUACGUAAGUUUGUCAUGUCGACCGUAUCGAAGCCCGAAGUUAUUUUCGUCCUGGGUGGACCAGGAGCAGGAAAAGGCACCCAGUGUACGAACAUAGUCAACAAAUACGGUUAUGUUCAUCUCUCGGCCGGCGAGCUCCUCCGCGAGGAACAGCUCAAACCAGGAUCUAAAUACGGCGAGUUGAUCCAAGGUCACAUGGUAAAUGGGACGAUAGUGCCCGUCCAGAUAACCUGCAGCCUGCUGGCUCAAGCGAUGGAAAAAUCAGCCUCCAACCGUUUCCUGAUCGAUGGAUUUCCUCGCAACACCGACAACCUUGACGGGUGGAACGAGGCUAUGUCUGAUAAGGUCAACUUUCUUGGCGUACUGUUCUUCGAUUGUUCCCAGCAAGCCUGCGUCGACCGCUGUCUUCGCAGAGGGGCAUCUGGAAGCGGUCGCAGCGACGACAACGAAGAAACUCUGAAGAAACGGUUUCAGACUUAUCAGAACUCAACUAUUCCCAUAAUCAAGCACUACGAAGCUCAAGGACUCGUCUAUAAGAUUGAUGCCAACAAAGCUACGGAUCAGGUAUUCGAGGAUGUUCAAAAAGUCUUGGCGAGGCUUCAACAUUAACCAGUCGCUAACCGAUAACCCAUAUUGGUUCAAUUUUAAUCAACUAUGAUGAUGCACAUCUGUGUGCCCAAGUGCAUUUAACUACGCAUGAAUAUUGAGGUUUAGAUUAAUGAAUUUAUCCAAUCAUUGUAUUAUUUAAUAUUAUAUAUAUAUAUAUAUACACACAGAGUUGUGCAGAUCUAGUUAGCAUUCCGCUAUAAAAUCUUAGGGAACGAACCAUGCUGUAUGAUUUAUGUACAAUGCUAGAAGUAGAAAAAGUUUCAUUGAAUUUUGCAAUUGGUUAGUAAUGGUCAUUGAUGAUUAUAUACAGAAUACGUAAUACAAUCUUCAAGUCAAUUUCAUUCAGAAUGGAAUUGAAACGCAACGAACUGCCAGCCUUGCAUUAUAUGUGGUCUGCAGAAAGAAUUUGCUCACUAUUUGUGUUUGAACACAUAAUAUGUAUGACUAGCAUUUCAUCUAUAAUAAAGCUACUUGAACCG